UGAGCUUCAAGAUGUUCUCCAGGAGAAGAAGCACUUGAGUCUCCACUUGUUCAACAAUAGCCAGAACACAGUCCAAUAUGAACAGGUGAAGUCAGAGUAUGCGCAGCUCAAAGAGACCCUUGGUGCUGUGACUCAGGAGAGAGAUUCAGCCCUGCGGGAGAAGACCCAGCUCCAAGGCAAACUGGAGAACCUAGAGCAGGUGCUAAAGCAUAUGCGCGAGGCUGCAGAGCGGAGGCAGCAGCUAGAGUUGGAGCAUGAGCAAGCCUUGGCUGUACUCAAUGCAAAGCAGCAGGAAAUUGACCUUCUGCAGAAGGCUCAGGUUGAGGCUAAGAAAGAGCAUGAGGGCGCCGUUCAUCUGUUAGAGAACCACUUGGACAGCAUGCAGUUGAGGAGCAUUCCCCGCGCUUUGAACACAGUGCAGUUUUUGGCAAAAGUCCGAGAGCUGGAGGAGAAAUGUCGGACACAGAGUGAGCAGUUCAACCUCCUGUCCAAAGAGCUGGAGAAGUUCCGGCUACAGACUGGAAAGUUUGAUAUCCUUGGCAGUGGCACCGAUCCCUUAACAGCGGGUGAAACCCCCGGAUCUCCCAACAAAUCCCUCUCCCAGCUCCUCAACGGGCUGGCUGCCCCCACAGUGAAAGGCAAUGAGAGUCCGCUGAGCAGAUCUGUGAUCUCUGAGUUCAUCCGACCGCUCCAGAUCAGUGGGGACAAGCCAGAGCUCCUGUCUGUAAAGCCAACAUUCCUCACCCGCAGCAGCAGCCAAGCUGAGAGCUCCCAGCGGGCCCUCCUCACCGAGAUGGACAAAGAACUAAGCUCAACGACUAGGACCAAGAAGAGGUUCACAGGCAAGGUCCGUCUGUGCGUCGCCCGGUACAGUUAUAACCCCUGUGAUGGGCCCAAUGAGCAUCCUGAGGCAGAGCUCCCCCUGGUGGCAGGGAAGUACCUCUACGUGUACGGCACCAUGGAUGAUGACGGCUUCUAUGAAGGAGAGCUGCUGGAUGGACAGCAGGGCCUCGUCCCUUCCAACUUUGUGGACUUUGUUAAGGAUGAGGAGAUGCCCUCUGCUCAGCACAGGGAUGGGGCCAAAGAGUCAGGCUACCUCAGUAGUAACCACAGCAGCCUGGGCUCCACAGGGCUGGGCAGCAUGUGCCUGAGCAGCAUCAGCAGCCUGCUGUCUGACAGUAAGCUGGACCUGGAGACCAGCCUGGAGAGAAACCUGGAGAGAAACCUGGGGAGCAACCUCAGUUCCACUUUGGGUUCCACUCACUGUUCCACUCUUGGCAGCCACAUGGGUUCCACUCACGGUUCCACUCUGGGCAGCCACAUGGGUUCCACUCUGGGCAGCCACAUGGGUUCCACUCUGGGCAGCCACAUGAGUUCCACCCACGGUUCCACUCUGGGUUCCACUCACUGUUCCACUCUGGGUUCCACUCACGGUUCCACUCUAGGCAACCACAUGGGUUCCACUCUGGGUUCCACUCACUGUUCCACUCUGGGUUCCACUCACGGUUCCACUCUAGGCAACCACAUGGGUUCCACUCUGGGUUCCAGUCACGGUUCCAGUCACGGUUCCACUGGCCUGGGUUCCAGUCUGAGCAGCACUCUGACUAGCCUGGGCAGCAGCAGCCUGGGCAUGGACUUUCUGGGCUCCAUGGGUUCCUGCAGUAACGGGACAGGGACCCUGGAUGUCAGCAUUGACGAGAUUGGUGAAAACAUCGUGCCUUACCCUCGCCGCAUCAAUCUGAUCAAACAGCUGGCCAAGAGUGUGAUCGUGUGCUGGGACCCACCGGUGGUGCCACCCGGCUGGGGCUCCAUCAGUGGCUACAACGUCCUGGUGGACAAGGAGGUGAGGAUGAGCGUGCCUUUUGGAGGCAGGACAAAGUCGCUCGUUGAAAAGCUGAACCUGGCCACCAACACGUACCGCAUCUCGGUGCAGAGCAUCACGGAGCAAGGCCUGUCUGACGAGCUACGCUGCACUCUGCUGGUGGGGAGGGACGUGGUGGUGGCUCCUUACUACCUGAGGGUGGACAGCAUCACACAGACCUCUGCUGAGCUUUCCUGGCAGCCUAGCAACAGCAACUACAGCCACACCAUCUUCCUGAACGACGCUGAGUAUGACAUGGUGAAGGCAGGGGCCUACAAGUACCAGUUCUUCCAACUGAAGCCCAUGACCGUUUACAAGGUGAAGGCCGUGGCGCGGACACACCAGAUGCCUUGGCAGCUGCCCUUGGAGCACAGGGACAAGAGGGAGAUCUCUGUGGAGUUCUGCACCCAGCCUGCAGGUCCUCCCUUCCCUCCCCAGGAGGUGCAGGUCCAGUUGGGCCAGAACCCUGGGGUGCUGCAGGUACGAUGGAAGCCCCCCCUCCUCACCCCCACUGGAACCUCCAACGGAGCCAACGUGAUUGGCUAUGCCGUGUGCACAAAGGGACAAAAGAUAGCGGAGGUGAUGUACCCUACGGCAGACUAUGUGACAGUGGAGCUGAACAGGAUCCAGUGUCUGGAGGCCAGGGAGGUCAUUGUCAGGACGUUAUCAGCAGAAGGAGAGUCUCAGGACUCCCCCGUGGCCAUCAUACCGCACAGUAUCCUGGGGCCUCCCCAUCACUCACCCCACCAUCGCCCCCCUGCACACCCCCAUCCUUUGCCCCAGCACCCUCCGCCACACACACAAACACACCCGCCCUACCCCCAGACCUACCCCUUGUCACACCCCCAACCUCAGGUCCACCCUCAAUCCCAGCCCUACACCUUGCCCCAUGGUCAGCCGCUGCGCCACCCUCCCCCUCACCCCCACCCCCAACACCAGCCUUACCCCAUGUCUAAGCCCAAACUAGUAAGUGCCAGAGAGUCAGAAACCAAAGAGCAUGAGGUAGGCCUGCGGCCUGGCCCGCCCUGGGAACGCUCCCUCUCGCCCCUCCCUCCUCCCAUGUGUGGACACACUCUGGAGCCGCCCCACUUCCAGGGGCGCCGUUCGCCCUCUCCUCAGAGGAUCCUGCCCCAGCCUCAGGGAGCCCCCAUCCCCAACACCAUCGCCAAGGCCAUGGCCAGGGAAGCUGCACAGAGAGUGUUCGCUGAGAGUAACCGGAUUGAGAAGAGGAACAUCUUCAGUGAGCGGAGCAUAAACUCUGAUGAGGAGGAGGAUGGUUAUGACUCUCCCCACACCAAGAGGAGAGGGGCCUCUGUGGACGAGUUCCUCAGAGGCUCUGAACUAGGGAGACAUGUACGGCACCACUACAGCCACAGUGAAGAGUACCAGACAGAGAGCAGCCGCGGCUCCGACCUGUCUGAUAUCAUGGAGGAGGACGAGGAUGACCUGUACUCUGAGAUGCAGCUGGAGGAGGGCCGUCGACGCAGCAUCAACUCUCACAACACUCUCAAGAAGUAUUACAGGCGUCAGGACCUGGGAGAGGAGAGGGACUGCUGGGACCUACAGAGGGAGGUGGUGAGACAGAAGUCCCUGCGUCGUAAACGGCUCCACAGCAUCCCUGAGGUGGCCGAGGACGAGCCCGACGGAGUCAAUGGGAUGGGUCAUCAUCAUCAGCGCCUGCGCUUUGAUGACGGAGGCAGGCCUGGUACACCCCGCAUGCAUCGAAGGGGCCCCCGUAUCUCCCAGCAGGACCCCCAUCAGCACAACCACCUCUCCCCCAGCAAGAACCACCGUCGCCUGCUGCAGCGUCAGCACUCCUCUCCCCGCUAUGCCUACGCUUUCGAGGAACGCAGCCUGCGCCGGCUCACCAAGAGUCCUGACAGUGGCCUGGACUGUGGCAGCGAGGAGGAGGGCUCUUUGGGGUACAGGGGUUACCCCCACGGCAGCCCCAUGAGGGGCCAUAUCCGCUACAUCCACUGUGAGGGGCCGGUAGAACGAAGGGCUCUGGCUGCAGGCAGGAAGAAGCAGCUGACACGGCAGUGCAGCAUGGAUAAGGACUACUGUGACAGCCCUAAGAUGGGCCACCUGUCUGACCUGAGGAACAGGGAGGUGCACUACAGGCCAUCGCGGGAGCCAAGCCCCAGACACGGAGCCCUGAGCGAGGGCAGGCUCCACGAGCUGGACAGGGCCUAUCACAGGGACCUUAGGGCCAGCUAUGUGAACAGGCUCAACAGGGUCUCGGACCAGCCGCUGAUUAUAGGGAACUCCCCCUCCCAUGGAUGCUCCCAUGGCGACCGGCUGGACCAUUCAGGGAGGAGGCCGGUCCACGGCGGCAACCCCCCACAGCGACGUCCCAUGAUGGUUCCUUCCAUUGAGAUCACCAUGAUGGAGAGUAACAGUGAGGGGAGUGAGGGGAACCUCUCACCUGGCAAGGAGGAUGUUUACUAUCACGGCAGUGUAGCUCGGCACAGGAUAUGGCAUCAUAAUGAUGGGUACGGCGGGCAGGGCCGCGGGCGCCGGUCGCCAGAAUACUACGAAGAGUCAGAGCCAGAGGACCUGGCACGUAUAUUUGUGGCCCUGUUUGACUACGACCCUCUGUCCAUGUCCCCCAACCCUGAUGCUGCUGACGAGGAGCUGCCCUUCAAAGAGGGGCAGAUCAUCAAGGUGUUUGGGGAUAAGGACACGGAUGGUUUUUACAGGGCAGAGAUCCGUGACCGUCCAGGUCUGAUCCCCUGUAACAUGGUGUCAGAGAUCCAGACUGAGGAUGAUGAGAUGAUGGACCAGCUACUCAAACAGGGCUUCCUCCCACUCAACACUCCUGUAGAGAAAUUAGUGAACUGCGACCGCUUCAAAGAUGGCCGCUCAAUAAACCGCAGGUCCCGAAAAUCCAAGCGAGAGAGGAACAGGCGGAGUGGGCGUCAGCACCCCUCGUCCACACGUAGAAUGGUGGCCCUGUAUGACUACGACCCCAGGGAGAGCUCCCCCAACGUGGAUGUGGAGUACGGGAGAGACGGGCUGAAUGAGGCUGAGCUGACAUUCUGCGCUGGUGACGUCAUAACAGUAUUUGGUGAAAUUGAUGAAGAUGGGUUUCAUUAUGGCGAGCUCAAUGGACACAAAGGUCUUGUUCCCUCCAACUUUCUAGAAGAAGUGCCUGAUGAUGUUGAGGUUUUUCUCACUGACACUCCAUGUAGAGAUUCUCGAUACCCGCAGGACGCUGCAGCGCUGAUAAAGACCAAAAGGGUUCCGUUGGAAAAAUCGAGUCCGCCCAGAAGAGCUGCCAACCCCAAAGUGCACCAACACAUCCCCGGCACUGGCCCUGCUCCCGUGGGGCCUGGCAGUCCCAUCAGGGGCCCCCGCGACUUGUCCUCCAAAAAGAAAAAGGGACUGCUCUCCAAAGGGAAGAAACUAUUGAAAAGACUUGGCGCUGUAAAAUAACCCCUUCAUAUACUUGAAGUAUAUUACCAACCACAUCAUAGAGGGCUCUAUAUUCAAUCUGUAGUGCUGACGCGGUACAGAUUCCGUGAUAGAAAUGUAAAGGUCAUUUCCGAUUGAGCAGUGUUUACCAUGAAUGCAGUCUCCACUAAAGCGGGUACAUUGCCUUUAAAUUUCAAUCACGCUGAAAAGCUGAAUUUCCUUGAUGCGGAUUGAAUAGAGCCCUAGAUCUCAAACACUUCCAUUACUGUAAGUUCAGUCCUGUGAGAAGGAAGAAAUCCAGUGGUUAAAGAGUUUGAUGGCAUUUAAUAACCAGUCAGAUGCUGUACUCUUACACAUCUGUUGUUGUCUACUAGAAAACAUUUAUUUUUUAAUUGCAGUGUGUAUUUUGAAUAAGGUCCAGGGACCUCAUAGUUUGACAUUUAAUGUCAUAAGCCAACCUCUCUGGUCAUGUAUAUUUUGCUAUCUGAAGCACAGGACUGCAAUGCGAUGGGAUAAAAUCUUGAAUUGGCCAAUAGUACGUAGGUGUGUGUUUGACUGAAGACUACAAUGUCCCCCAGAAUAUGAGGUGUUUAAACCAGUCUCUUUAGGGCUGAGAUCAAACGAUAGAGCUCAGAAUGGCCAGUCAACAUCAUACUUGAUGAGACUACUACUGGUGGCCCUUCCUAACCAUACACUUCAUGUUGUAGUACCCAAAUGAGGCAAGGAAAAGAGCAGUUUUAUGGCCAGGCAGCUGAGGUCCUUGUAUGGGAACUGUAUGGGAGGUUUGCAUGUUUUACCUGAAAGCACAUCCAGAAUGAUCAUUCCCACCCAACAUUUGAAGCACAUGCUAACUGAUGGCCUUUUCUAUCAGAACAUGUUAGCAAGGCACAUGUGCAUGCUAUGUCGGUGCAUUUGAUGACAGAAUCUACACUGAGCAAAAUGUACUAAAUUAAUUUUAGUAGUAAAAAGCAUGUCCUCGUUUUCUUUACCUCCAUACAGAAUAUUCCAUACAAACCUAAUUGUCAGAUUGGUUCUCAGUUCAACUCAAGCCCAGGUACACAUUUGACUAGUCACGACCUAGGACCUGAAGUCGAGAUCUGUGCACUGGUCAAGUAUGCUACAUCUCCAGAAAGACCGAAGUCAGAUAAGCAAGUAUCAAUUCCUAACAGCAAGUAUUAGUUAUUCAAACACACCAAAAGACCUCUGGACAAGCACAUUAGAUAGGAAAGGGUUUCUUUAAAGUUUUUUAUUUAUUUUUUAAGUAGUUGAAUGGUCAUGAAAUGCCUAGUUGAAACCAACCUCCAUGUAUUUGCCUUAUAAAUGCACAAUUGUUUGUGUCCAGUCAGUGGAGAUUUUUUAUGUCUUGUAUGCAUUCAUGUCAUUGCAAUACAUACUUCUAAACAUGAAAUAUUUUUGCAAAAGAUGUUUAUCAAAGCUCGUGAUGUGCAUUUUAUUACUUGUAAGAGUGUCAUGUUUUCUGGAGGACCUGAGCAUUAUUAGCUUGUUUGAAACUUCAGAACGCCCAACUUUACACUCUUCAUGUUUGUCCACAUUAAAAUGACAAAAAGAGAAAAAAAAAGAAGGAAGUGUGGUGAAAAUGUAAAGGUGUAAUUUAAUGUUUUUUUUUGUCAGUACAUUGUCACUAUUUUGGCACAAAAAAUUCAAGGCACUUUUAUUUUGUUCUUCAUGUUAUAUACAGUACUUGCAAUGUGUUCAUUCUGCAUUCACAAUCCCAUUUUGACAUAGGUUUGUGUACAAGACAAUGGACAAGAAGGAAAUGCAAUUGAAGGCCGGCUCAAUCAAAACUGUUUCCAGGAUAAGUUUAAAUCAGCAUUCUUCCUGUGCAACAACAAAGCAUGGUGUGAAUUAAUGUGCAGUUGGUUACCAUUUUGUUUAAAACAAAAAAACAAUUGUAGAGUACACUCCAAACUUGCAUUAUGCAGUAGGAGAAUGUUGUUUUUGACUUAUCCCAGACACAAGGUUUGAUAGAAUAACCUUCAUUGGAUGUAAGUCAUAUUAAGUUAUUUUUGUUACAUAGAAAUUGUGAUUUCAACAAGACAAGUCUACCUCCAUAAUGACCCUUAGAAUUCCAACUAAUUUGACUCCAUGUUCACAGAAGCCAACUCCAUUUCAUUUAUGAAACUGAGCUCUUUCUGUUUGCCCAGAAGUAUUGUAUUUGUGUCAGCCCCCAAAUAGCACAUAGAGUAGUGAAUGUAUGAUUAAUUGAAAGCCAAUGUAUUAUAUUUAUCAAAACUAUCCAUGUUGAGUAUGCAGAUGUCCAGCCGUUUUCUGGUCCAGUUUGUAUGUGAAAUUAAACCUUUUUCCAUCUGUUAAGAACCUCUUACACUAUUUUGUUAAUCAUUUCAUCUUUCCAUUCAAUUUACAUCACUGUUUUGUUUUUGAACUACUACUUACAUGAGAUUUGAACUGAGACUGCCAAAAAAGAAUGUAUCAAAAGCAUUCUGUAUAACGUUCUGUACAAUUCUCAGCCAAAUAGGCAUUUCAAUCUACAGUUAAUAGAUGUACAUCUUUUCCAUAAUAAGUUGUCCGUCAUUGCUUCUAUACAUAUUGUUUGAGUGACUUGCUCUUUUUGUACUUUGUCCAUUUGUAAAUUGUUUUUAAAUGUUUAUACUUGAUUUUCAGACUGCCUUUUUUGUACAUAAAAAUUUAUAAUCAAACUGUGCAAAGCUUUCCCCAUGGUGUCUUCAAAACCAUGUUUUAAAAGUCUGCAAUUGUGUGCUAGCUUUAUGAAAAGAAAUAGCCUAUAUUGGGGGUUACAAAAUAUUGUGUGGGUGUGCAUGUGCAAUUUUUUUUAUAAAACUAAUUUGAUAUU